AUGGAGUUAUCUAGCUAUGAACCUUUGAUAAACAUUGUUCAUGUUAUUUGGUGUUGUUCUUGCAUAGGGAAAGCUCCCAGUAGUCAAUCAUACCCAAUAUCAUUUCUGCUGCUAUCAGUCAUGGAUGUACAAUGUUGCAUCCUGAUAAUAUCUGGUGUGGAGUAUUGCCACCGUAAUAUGGUGGUCCACAAAGAUCUUAAAACUAAGAAUCUUCUAUUGGAUGCCAAAUGUAAUGUGAAAAGUGCAUAUUUUGGUUUGAGUAAUACCAUGCGUGAUGGACAUUUUCUACAAACAAGGUGUGGAAGUCCAAAUUAUGCAGCCCCUGAGGUUAUAUUUGGUAAACUAUAUGUUGGGCCCGAGGGUGGAAUAUAUACCCUUCCCAGUCAUUUGUCACCGGGUGCUAGAGAUUUGAUGCCAAGGUAUGGAGAUUUAUACACAGAAAAGAAUGUUGCCAUUAGUUGUAUACACACCCAUGCUCGCCCUGGAGGUUAUCUGCAAUAUGUGGUGUAUAUUGUUACAUCUUUAGGAUUCGUACGCCAAUCAUUUGACAUAAUAGUUGAUGGCAUUUACCAAAGCAUCAUUCGUGCUCAUGAAAACCUUCAUCCUGGAUCAGUUUUUGUAAACAAAGGAGAGAUCUUGGAUGCAGGUGUGAAUCGUAGCCCUACUGCUUAUCUUAACAAUCCUGCAACAGAAAGGGCAAAAUACAAGUAUGAUGUGGAUAAAGAAAUGACACUUUUGAAGUUUGUAGAUGAUCAGUGGGGUCCAGUGGGUGCCUUUAACUGGUUUGCUACUCAUGGAACUUCAAUGAGUCGUACAAAUGAGUUAAUCAGUGGGGACAACAAAGAAACAUCUGCACGCCUCAUGAAAGAUUGGUUCGAUCAGAAAAGUGUUAGUGAAAACCCACGAAGAGUCUCACAAACAAAUCGUAAGUUUAUUAAAAUAAUUACCAGUUAAAAUUGUUUAUUUUUAAUCUUAUGGUGUUUUUAUACAAACCAUGAGUUGUUGGAACUCGCGUCUUCAUUUCAGUCAACUUCUGGUCAACCAACAACCAAGUAUUUGAGCAUAUCAAGACGUGUUAGAAGUGUUCUUAGAUCUGCAAAUAGGCCAAUAUUUGUAUCUGCUUUUUGUCAAUCGAAUUGUGGGGAUGUGAGUCCAAAUGUCUUUUGCAUAGAUACUAGGUUACCCUGUGAUUUUAAUCAUAGUACUUGUGGUGGGAAGAAUGAGUUGUGUUAUGGAAGAGGACCAGGAUACCUAGAUGAAUUUGAAAGCACGCGUAUAAUUGGGGAGAGGCAAUUCAAGAAAGCUGCUGAUCUUUGUAAAAAUGUUGCUGAAAAAUUAACUGGAAAUAUUGAUUUUCGUCAUAGUUAUUUGGAUUUUUCACAGCUUGAGGUGAAAAAAGGAGGGAAUGAGAGUGUUAAAACAUGUCCUGCUGUCAUGGGAUUUGCAUUUGCAGCUGGAACAACUGAUGGGCCUGGGGCUUUUGAUUUUAAGCAAGGGGACAACACUGGGAAUCCAUUUUGGAAAUUGGUGAGGAACUUGCUAAAAACGCCAAGCCAGGAGCCAUGUGAGGCACACAUUAAGAAGAGUCCUUGAGUGGUGUUGCUAAUGAAGAGUGGAGACAAGUGAGGGAAACAUUUAAAAAAAUCAGCAGAAAUCUUGUUUAC